AUGACACCAUCCGAUCCAAAACUUAUUCAAUUAAAACAAAUAUUAAUAAAUAAUGAUAAUUUACAAACAAAUCUAGAAAAAGAUUUAUCUGAUUUAAUGCAAAUAAAAAAUAUUUCUAUUCGUAUUGAUUUAACACGAUCAACAAAUAUAGGAAAAUUAAUACAAGGACUUAUUUCCAAUGGAUCACUUUGGUUAUGUUCAACAUGUGAAGAAAUAAGUACAUUACUUGAAUUAUUUAUACGUAAUACAUCUUUUAAUGAUACAUAUGAACGUCUUCAAUUUCUUCAACGAACUAUAUCAAUUAUUGAUGUAUUUCAUCAAUUUUUUAGUUCAUCAAUUUUUGGAUUAUUUGAUCGAAAAAUUGAAUUAACACGUUUAUGUUCAAGUGUCAUACAAUAUCUUCGACCAUUACUUACAUAUAAAGAUAAAUGUUCUGUCUAUGAACUUUUUCAUGAUUCAGCAUUUAUUGAUGCAAAAUAUCUAUUUCGUAAAAAUUUACUUGAACAUUUUGAUAGUGGUCUUGUUUGGUCAUUUGAACGUGUACAAUCAUUUCCAAUACGAUCAACACGAAAAGAUCUACGUAAACUUAUUGAACAUAUGAUUAAUACAACAACACAUACAGAUAUGAUGGCAUCAAUUCAAUAUUUUGCUACACUUCUAGAAUGGAUUAGUUUACAAUGGACAUUUGAUGAUUAUCUUACAAUAAGUGUACGAAAUGCUCUACAAAAAAAUGUUUGUAUUACACGAGAUUUUAUUCUUGAAUCAGAAUUAAAAUUUUCUUCAUUGAAAUUAAGUAAUAAAAUGACAAAAAUAAUUGGAACUCUUGUACGUAAUUUACCAUCCGAAUCAAGUUCACUUAAUACAUAUUAUUCUCGUAUAAAAAAAGAUCUUGAAUUAAAAAGAACUACAUUAGAAAGAUGCAAUGAAAAUAUUCAAGAACUUGAAAGUCAAAUUUCUGAAUCAGAAUUAGUAAAUCAAAAUGAAGUAAAAAUAUCAAAUAAAGGAACUUCAAAUUUACGUUCGAGAUUAUCACGUGAUAUUUCUGUUUUUCAUCCAGAUGAAAAUCCUCUUAAUAAUCGAUUGAAUUUACUUAAACAAGAACAAACUAAAUUAAAGUCAGAAAUUAAUACAUUAAAUGAAGAAUAUAAUCGAUAUGAUCGUAGUCGUACCACAAUAUUAGAUAAAGCAAUAGCUGGACGUGAAAAACUCUAUGAUGAAAUGAGAGAUUUACUUCAAUCAGAUGAUUAUAAAUUUGUUCGUGAACGACUUGAACAACCUGAUGCUAAACAACUCAAUUAUCUUUUACAAUUACUUAAUGAAGCUCGAAAAAAUUCAACAUUAAUUAAUCGUGAAGGUCUACUUGAUACUCGUGCUGUACUUUCUACAUCAUUUGGUCGUGAAUUAAUUGAACAUGAUGAUAUUCUUGAAUCAUCUUUAGCUUUUUUUCUUUGUGGUUAUUAUUUUCUUCCUUAUUUUGAUCAACGAUAUCGAUUUUAUAUUAUUUCUAAUUGGCAACAAUUAAACGAUGAUAUUAAUAUUAAUACAUUAAAUUCACAUGAUUUAAUUAUUUAUUGUCCAAAUAAAAAUCCAUAUGAAUCUUGUUUAUUAUCAAUAACAAAACAAAAUAAUUCAAUAUCAAUUAUUAUAUGGUGUGUACAAGAUAUAUAUAUUAGUGAUUUACAUACCAUAUUAAAUGAAACAUUACCCGAUGGAAUUCAAUGUCAUAUUAAACAAAAAGAAUUUCAACAUAUAAAAACAACUAUUACAGAAAAUGGACAAGAAUUAUUUGGAUUAGCUUGUUUAAUGCAUUUAUAUCAAUCAGAUGAUAUAACAUCAACAAGAAUUCAUGAAAUUUAUGAUCAAAUUAAAAUUAUUUUUGAUGAAUUAAAAUAUUUUGUUGAACAUAAUGCUAUUGAACGUAAACCAUUAACUGCAUUUAUCUAUCAAAAUAUUAAUCGAUUUCAAUCCGAAUUAGAUUCACUUAAUCUAUCUAAUAAUUCUGAUGAUCUAUGGUUAACAUCAAUACAACAAAUAUGGACAUUUAUUAAACCAUAUCAAGAAAAAUUUUCAUCAACAAUAGCACAAAAACUUCAAGAAGAACUUCAAUAUUCAAUACAAUCAAUAGAACCACCAAAUUUAAGUAGUCGUUUAACAUCUUUAGAUUAUUUAGAACCAUUAAAAGAAAAAUAUGGUUGUGUACAUAUGAUUAUUCAAUAUUUAAGUGAAGGAAUGAAUUCAACAACUAUUGAAAAUAUAUCAGAAUUUCAUAUAUUAUUUAAUUUUAUUAAUAAAAUAUUAAAACUUUUAAAAUUACUUGUUCAACAUACAAUAUUUGGUAAAGAUGAUUAUCUUAAUGAAUUAUAUGAGUAUACACCAAAUACAAUUACACAUUUAGAACAUAUUUUUCAUUCAAUAUUAUCCGUUAUUAACAUUGUUAAUAAUCAAUUACAAAUUGGUGUAACACAAACAAAAUCUAUAUUUGAUGAUUUACAAACGAAACUUGAUGAAUAUUUAUCAAAAUUAAAAUUUAGUAAUAAUUUUUUAACAAGAUAUAAUCUUACAAAUUUAAUUCGUCCUUUAGCAAUAUUAUUUGAUCCAAAUCGACGUUUAAUUAAAAUAACUAAUAUAUCA